AUAAACACCAGGCAGAAUAGCAGGCUUGAUAGCCAAGGAAGGAUGGGGAAUCACAGAAAACUCUCAGGAUUCACAGAAAACAUUGGACUUCCCCUGAACCUGCUUGAAAAACAUGACCCUUGGCCAGCUUAUGUGACAUAUACCUCUCCCAUGGUACAAAGACUCAUUGAGAAAAGCAAAAUGAAGGAACUGCAAAGCAUACGCACUUUUGAGGACAAUCAACAGGCACUGAGGCCAAACAAGACUCCCAGCAUUAGUCAGCUGAAAUGGAGAAAGUCAUCUAAGUCCUCUGGGGAAGGGUUGCAGGAUGUGCUGUCACAUGCCGUGCUGUCAAUGUGGGGCCCUUACUCUGUUUCAGCCUUGGGUCCCACUGUUGUCCCAGAACCCAAGCACGCACAAACAGAUUCCAGAGAAUAUCCCACUGCAAACUAUAACAAGAUCAUUUUCUCCCAAAAACCUAUGAUGAGGAUGCUUCCCUACCAGCUCACUACAGUCCAGCAAGGAGAAGCAUGCAAAUGUCUAAAAAGGAGUCCCUGCAGCCAUCCCUGAAGAAUGUACUGCAAUUAAGCUCCGUUUGCCAUAGAUUGCACUGUCCUUUAGCUCUGAAAUUGCUUUUUUAUUUGCUGAGGCUGUGCAGAGAAACCACAUCAGAAUGUGGCCCACAGGGGCGGAGGUGGGUUCCUCCCUUCCUGUAGUCUGAAGGGAUCAGCAGUAAAAGGUGCUAGUUUCUCCCACAGAUGCUGAAGACCCACCUGUGGAAGUAUUAGUCCAGGUCCAGGCAGGAGGCAGAAAUCAUACCAGGUAUUUUACUAGAGGGAACUGAAUAGGAAGACUUAUUAACCAGGUAACUGAAAAAGGCAGAAAGAAAAUCCAAAGGUAGAAGUGGGGUCAGCCCCCGCAAAAAACAGUACCGUUCCUAUGGUGGAGGAAGCAAGGGGAAGUUAGCUGCUUGGAGAAAGGGUAUGUGGGCUGAAGCUCAGACUUUCUGAGGUGAGGGAGUGGGGUUGCUGUUCAGCUAGUCCUGGUGGUUGUCUCUGAUGCUCUGAAGGAUGGUAUCCUAAUUCCAAGAAGCAGAGGUCUUUUGGCUGGUGUCUCUGAGAGGACACAUAUAGUUCUGGUUUUGUGAGUAUUGGUAAAAACAAAAACUGGACUCAAAUGCUUCUGGGAGGAGUUGUCAUUGCCUGAGUAAGUACAAAGGGUUACUAGGGAAGGCUGAUAGGGACAGGAAGCUGACAGAAGGCAAACAGGAUGUAAUUCCAAAGCAAACAACCUAAGAGUAGGCCUUUCCUCCACCCUGUAGUUAUGCAGGUUUCUGCUAGCUCCCCCUAGGGACAGAGUGUAUCAGGGCAUAAAGCAGGAAUGCUGUUUGCAAACUCUUAGCCCUAGCAUCUUCCGAGUAUGAUAGGAUGGAUCUUGAAGCCAAGAAAUUAUUUAGUAAUCAGCAUAUUGUUCUGUGUUCCACAUGGCCUCUGAACCUAGUAUUGAGGUCUCUUUCCCUGGGAAGUCUUAGAAAAAGGUAGUGGGGUUGUCAGAGGGGCCUCUGUUGAGAAAGGGAAGAAGUCCAAUCUUUUCCUCUC